AGCCGCACGCGCCGGUGGAGAAGCGGGUGAAGCUGAGGUGCUUGCCUUCGCAAGAUGGCGGCGGGCGGCCUCACUCGCGGUGCCGCCGCUGCUGCGGCUGGCACCUUUGUGAAGCCCAUUUUCAGUCGGGACAUGAACGAAGCCAAGCGGAGAGUGCGCGAGCUGUACCGCGCCUGGUAUCGGGAGGUGCCGAACACGGUGCACUUAUUCCAGCUAGACAUCACUGUGAAACAGGGUCGGGAUAAAGUCCGAGAAAUGUUCAUGAAGAAUGCACAUGUUACAGACCCCAGGGUGGUUGAUCUGCUGGUCAUUAAGGGAAAGAUGGAACUGGAAGAAACAAUCAAAGUGUGGAAGCAGCGGACACAUGUUAUGCGGGUCUUCCAUGAGACAGAAACACCAAGGCCAAAGGAUUUCUUGUCCAAGUUCUAUGUUGGCCAUGACCCAUGAAGUCACUCAGUGGAAAGGUGAAUGUUGCGAUGUAAUUAUUUUAAAUAAACUCAUUAUACAACA